AUGGAGUGGCAACGUACGAAGACAACGUUUGAACUGGCGGGAAAAGAGUUCCCGCGAGUAACUUGGUACAGACAGAAAGGAAUGAGAGGCCUUUAUAUUUGCUUGUUGUUCGUUGUUCUGACCUCUGCAACCAAUGGAUAUGAUGGUUCCAUGAUGAAUGGCCUUCAAGCGCUUCCCCAGUGGAAGAGUUCCUUCCACAACCCUUCUCCUUCCCAACUUGGUCUUCUUAACUGUAUCAUGUCUGUGGGGUCUCUCGUGGCCCUCCCAGUCGUGCCUUACACUGCCGAUCUUCUAGGAAGACGAACAGGAGUGAUGAUCGGAUGUAGCAUCAUGAUCCUCGGUGUUGUGUUGCAGACACUUGGCUUCACGUACGGCAUGUUCGUAGGAGCCCGGUUCUUCAUCGGUUUUGGAGUCGCCAUAGCUCAUGGUUCAUCGCCCUUGCUGAUCACAGAACUGGUCCACCCUCAGCAUCGUGCCAUCUAUACAACAAUAUACAAUACAACGUGGUACGUAGGCAGCCUUGUAGCUGCUUGGCUGACGUUCGGAACAAACAAAAUUCAUGGAACGUGGGCUUGGCGAGCACCAUCGCUAGUGCAAAUGUUUCCGUCAGCCUUACAAAUGUGUUUUAUUUGGUUCGUUCCCGAAUCCCCAAGAUGGCUCAUCUCCAAAGGAAAGAACGAGAAGGCUCUUAGAAUCCUUGCCAACGCCCAUGCCAUGGGUGACGAGUUCGAUGAAGUCGUACAACUUGAGUAUCAAGAAAUCCGUGAAACUCUGAACCUCGAAAAAGAGAUCGAAGGGAAUGCUUGGUCCGAACUAUGGCGAACUCCUGGAAAUCGCCAUCGGCUUGUUAUCUUGAUCUCUCUUGGCUUCUUCUCUCAGUGGUCAGGCAAUGGUCUCGUUCUCAUCCAGAUUGGAAUAACCAACUCAACUACCCAGCUUCUCAUUAACGCUAUCCUUCAAAUCGUCAACAUCAUUGUGGCGACAGGAAUGUGCUUCUUCGUCGAUCGUGUCGGCCGCCGGUUCUUAUUCCUUGUUGCAACAUCGGGGAUGCUCGUUAUAUUCGUCAUCUGGACAAUUUGCGGCGCGGAAUUCCUCCUUCAUCCGUCGAAAGCUGUUGCAGAUACAGUGGUUGUGAUGAUCUUUCUGUAUUACUGCUUUUACAACACUGCCUGGUCCGGACUUCUUGUCGGCUAUGGUGUAGAGAUUCUCCCUUAUAACAUACGCGCAAAGGGUUUGACUGUGAUGUUCCUGGCCGUGGAUUUAUCACUGUUCUUCAACCAAUAUGUGAACCCUAUCGCCAUGACUCAUCUUCAGUGGAAAUAUUAUAUAUUCUAUGAUGUCUGGCUUGCCUUCGAGCUCUUCAUCGUAUGGAAGUUCUAUAUCGAAACUCGUAACACACCAUUGGAGGAAAUCGCCAAACAUUUCGAUGGUGACAGCGCCAUCGUCGGAGGCAAUGCUGCGAAUGAGAAAUCCAGGCAGUUGGCAGCAGACUUAAACUUGGCAAUGGCUCCUCUAGAACAAUCAGAGACGACCCCGGGCCUAGUCGAGAAGGGCGGUGCUCAAGCAGUUCAGACGGAACUCUCAAAAGAAGUGAAGGGCUAA